UUGCAUCAACAAAAAACCAUCAAUUUAAUAACUUUCUUACCCACCCAAUCACUCUCCCUAGACACACGUAUACAUACACAUAUACAUACAAAUUGGGUGUAAUGGUAGGGCUUUCAAUUGGAGAAAAGCACUUCAUAGAAGGUGGAGUAGCUCAAGAUAUUCGAACUGAUGGCCGGAGAAGACUUGUUUACAGGCCAAUUCAGCUUCAGACUGGGGUUAUUCCUCAAGCUAAUGGCUCAGCUAGAGUUAGAAUGGGUGGCACUGAAGUUAUAGCUAGUGUUAAGGCGGAGCUGGGAAGGCCGAGUUCUUUGCAGCCGGAUAAAGGCAAAGUUUUUAUCAAUGUGGAUUGUAGCCCUACAGCUGAUCCAAUAUUUGAGGGCAGAGGCGGUGAGGAAUUAUCUACAGAACUUUCAGGUGCUCUUCAGAUAUGUCUUCUUGGUGGAAAAAGUGGCGCAGGAGCUGCAAUUGACCUUUCCUCUCUGUCAAUUGUGGGAGGAAAAAUCUGUUGGGACCUUUAUAUCGAUGGUUUAGUAGUUAGUGCAGAUGGGAACCUGUUAGAUGCGCUUGGUGCUGCUAUUAAGGCUGCACUGAGCAAUACAGGUAUUCCGAAAGUCAAUGUGGCUGCCGGUGCCUCUUCUGAUGAGCAGCCUGAAGUUGACAUAAGCGAUGAAGAAUUUUUGCAAUUCGACACCUCUGCUGUCCCCGUCAUUAUUACUUUAACAGAGGUCGGGAGGCAUUAUAUUGUGGAUGCAACUCCGGAGGAGGAAUCCCAUAUGAAUUCGGCCAUUUCAAUGUCUGUUAAUAGAAAAGGAAAUAUUUGCGGACUGACAAAACGAGGUAGUGCAGGCCUGGACCCAAGUGUUAUACUUGACAUGAUAUCUGUAGGUAUACAUGUAAGUGAGCAGCUGAUGAACAAGUUAGAUUCAGAGAUAGCUGCUGCGGAAGCAUGUGAAGAGGAAUAGAAUCAUUGUUACUUCCCUUUGUUGUUGAUUUUUUUAGAGUAUAAACAUGACCAGUGUAUGAGUAAGAACUAACUAACAGUUUAGUUACCGAAAAAGAUCCGGUGUACGAGUAAGAAUACAACACCUUAGUUUGAUUGCA